AUGCUUACUACUAUUCCAUCACUCGCAAUUCCAGCCGUAGCUUGGGCGUUUCUGGCGACCCUGCCCUCACAAGUCGUCGCCGACUACACGGUGAAAGCUGAUGCUGGGACAACGAUCCUUGACAAUUGGGAAGGAUGGGGCACGUCUCUUUGCUGGUGGGCCAACGCUUUUGGAGACCGCAAAGACAUUGCCGACGUAUUUUUCACGCUGCAAGACAGUGUGACGCUGGAAGGAGGACCGUCCGGACUUCCAGGGCUGGGGCUCAACGUCGUUCGCUACAACAUUGGUGGGUCGAGCAAGAACGUCAUCGAUGACGGUGGCACCAAGGUCGCAAUGAAGCUUUCUCCAAGCAUGCCGGCGUUCAAGUUUAUCGAAUCGUUUUGGAUAAAUUGGUUGAGUAACGACUCGGAUAGUAAGAGUUGGGACUGGAAUGCCGACCUCAACCAGCGCACGAUGCUCAACUUGGCGAUCAAACGCGGUGUCGAUGUUACCGAAGCGUUUUCAAACUCUCCUCCAUGGUGGAUGACACACAACCAUGCUACUGCUGGUGGAGACGAUGGUAGGAAGGAUAACUUGCAAAGCUGGAACCACAACGCGUUUGCGUUUUACUUGGCGUACGUGGUGAAGCAUGCAAAGCACAAGUGGGGCGUCAGCUUCGAUUACGUGGAAGCUUUUAAUGAGCCGAUGAGUAUAUGGUGGAAGUUUCCAAAAGGACAGGAGGGCUGUCGCUUUAACGUAGAUUCGCAAAUCAGUGUCUUGUUGAAACUUCGUCGCCACCUGGACGAUCUCGGAAUGAACAAUGUUGUUAUCGCAACAUCCGACGAAAACACGCCUUCGCUAGCGUUAUCGACUCUUCGAUCCAUGUCGGCAAAGCCAGAUGUGCUGGCUACUUUUGGAAAGGUAAACACACACGGCUACGAAGGCUUGAGUCCAUACCGCGGUCCAGAUCGAAAACCUUUGAAGGAUCUCGUUACAAAGUUGGACAAAAAACUAUGGGACUCUGAAUAUGGUGAAAAGGAUGGCACUGGACUCAGCAUGGCCGAAUCUAUUCCACUUGACAUAAAUGUAAUGGGCAUUUCGGCAUUUGUGUAUUGGCAAGUACUUGAUGGUGGUGGUUGGGGGUUAAUUCAGGCUAGCCCAGCCGACAAAACGCUUGGAGUGGUGAACACUAAGUUCUAUGUGCUGGCACAGUACACACGCCAUAUUCGUCCCGGCAUGACCAUCCUCUCGACGAGUGAUCUACAACAUACUGUCGUAGCUCACGAUGCGAAAUCAAACCUGCUGGUAUUGGUAACAGUAAACUCGGGUAAAACAGCUUCGACGGUCACCUUCGAUCUGUCGAGCUUUCAAUCGGUAAAGGGUCCGAUCAGUACUUGGAUGACGGAGACGAGCGGAUCAGGUGCACUUUACAAGCCAUCGACAAUCGAGCUGUCUGGUACGUCAUUCAGCGCAUCGAUUCCGGCGGCAUCGGUGAUGACAUUUGAGAUUCAAGAGUGUAGCUAG